AAAUUUCCUCCACCGAAAGACACGUCUGUAAAAGUGAAGGAGGAGGAAUGGCGGGAUUUGCGGAAUGAGGCUAAAUUGCGCAAUAAACUGCGCUACUUUUGGUUUGACUUGUAAGACUCCAACACGCAAAUGAAAUUCUUUGUUAUCGCAAAACCCAAAACUCCAUUUGUAUAGGGUAAGAAAUGGAAGCAGAGCAUGAAUAUGAUAGUUGUUCAAAUUCAAAUGGAGGUUUCCUUUAUGUGAAAGUGAUGACUGACGAACAAAUGGAAGUUCUUAGGCAACAGAUAGCUGUCUACACUUCCAUAUCUGAUCACCUUGUUCAGAUGCACAAAUCCAUCACCUCUCAACACGACCUCUCUGGAUUGAGGCUGGGUAAUUUGUAUUGUGAUCCAUUGAUGGCAUGCUCUGGACACAAGAUAAGUUCCAGGCAACGUUGGACUCCAACCCCUCUCCAGCUUCAAAUACUCGAGCGGAUUUUCGAUGAAGGCAAUGGAACUCCCACCAAGCAGAAGAUCAAAGAUAUAGCCAUUGAACUCGGUCAGCACGGCCAAAUUUCUGAGACUAAUGUUUAUAAUUGGUUUCAGAACAGAAGAGCUCGUUCCAAGCGCAGGCAAUUGGUUUCUACAAUAAAUCAAACAGAGCCAGAGGCUGAGAUAGAAGUUGAGUCUCCUAAAGAGACUCAAACACUUGAAGAAACUGAUCAAGUUCAAUUCUUUCAGAAUUUAUCGCCUCAUAGGGUCAAGGAUAUGUACAUUCAGAGUCCUGACAUAGGAUUUGACCAGUUGUUGGGUAAAAUUGAAAUUGCAGGUAGCUAUAGUUCUUACUUUCUUUGAGAAAUGACUGGUUAAAGACAGAAUUCGAUCUCGGAGUGAUAUCUCGGCUUGUUGAUGAUACUGUUCUACUUAGGAGUUUUCAGCCAAAAUUGUUGUUGAACCACAAAUGAAGUGGCAUACAUAUAUUCACAUGGAUAUUGUAUAAAUUGUUGUUCUUAAUUAGGUUCUUGGCAGAUCUAAAGUAACUGUUGAUCAGCCAUUCAAUACUAUAAUUUCAUACAAUUUUAAAUGUUCUAGACCUACUUGCUUCUCCCAAUUAAUAUUAGAUCCGAUUGAUUGGAGUUAAUGUACUUGUCAUCCAUGUUACCAUAGAGUAUAAUAUCUUCAUGAGACUUCGAUCCUCAUCAA